AUGUGCAUCUCUGGCCUUUGACCCUGAUCUGCCACCCACAAGCGUUGUCAUUACCUUCCACAAUGAGGCAAGAUCUACACUUUUACGCACAAUCAAAAGUGUUCUGCUACGGAGUCCCCCAUCUUUGAUCCAGGAAAUAAUUCUUGUGGACGACUUCAGCAAUGACCCCCAAGACUGCCAGCUUCUCACUGAGAUUCCCAAGGUGCGCUGCCUAAGAAAUGGACGUAGAGAAGGGCUGAUCCGGUCCCGGGUUCGAGGAGCUGGUGCUGCUUCGGCCUCCAUUCUGACAUUUCUAGACAGCCACUGUGAGGUCAACACAGACUGGUUGCAGCCAAUGAUCCAGAGGGUGAAAGAGGUAUGAACCUUUUAAUUUUUAUUCACUAAAUUUACUCACUUAUUUAGCAGACAUGUUUGUCCAGGGCAUUAGAACCAGUCACCUUCUGAUUGGGAGUCCUAACCCAAAACUAUAUAUAUAUAUAUGAUCAUCGUGUUAGUCAUCACAUGCAAGCUUU